UUUAAAUCCGUCAGAUGGCGGCGGAAAACGAGCGGAGGAUUUUGUUACUCAUUGAAUUUCUAUAGUGUUUUUUUGGGAGAAUAAGUUCGUUAAAGGGUUUAUUUCACGAAUUUGUAAAUAUACCUAUGAUGAAACCAGGAACUGUAGUUGCAGAUGAAAUGUUUCCUGAAGGAGCUGGACCAUAUAUGGAUUUGGAUGAAGCUGGUGGAUCUAGUGGACUUCUAAUGGAUUUAGCAGCAAAUGAAAAAUCAGUUCAUGCAGAUUUUUUUAAUGAUUUUGAUGAUUUAUUUGAUGAUGAAGAUCUACAAUAAUUUCAUAAGCGAAGGUAACGAAAGAUAUGAAGUUUCGUCUUAAGAUAAAAGGAGUGUCAUCAGAAUAUGAAAUGGAGUUAAUGUAUAAACUUUUAUUGUUAGAAAAUGAAGAAAUUUAUGUAAAUUAUUUCAUGUAUUAAAUAUGUUUUCUUAAAUUAAAAUUAUGGUAAUUAAA